AUGGCUGGACAGGUCAGGACCAACUGUGCGCUGUCUGAUCCACUACCCACUGCCAAUGGAGUAAAGCAGGACUGUGUCGUGGGCCUGGUCCUAUCAACUUCUUCUUUGAAUGCUGGAAGAUGCAGCAAGAGGCUUGGAUUCAACAGACUUCAUGCAUCAUAUGAAGUUCUAGAGACAGUCAUUCAAGAAUUAUUGCAUGCAGAUGACUGUAUUCUAGAGGUCUCCACCCAAGAAGACAUGCAAAUGAUGGUAAACCAUUUCACCAAAUCGGCAGGCAGCACACUGAACAACAAUGCAAUGAUAGGCAAGGAAAUAGAAAACUUGAUUAAGAAGUUUGAAAGAAUCUUUGAAAGAUUCUGGGUGACAAGACCCUACACACACAAGCUCCACCACCGGCUCCUUGAGGAGUUCCACCAGCAUCAUUUAUGCGUCAUACUUAAUGUCAAAUGUCAAGACAAGAUCGUGAACAAUGACGUUCUUGAAUGUAGUCAGAGUCCUAGCACGGAAGACGGCGGGAAGCAGGACGGGAUGGGACCAUCCCAGUGGUGUGGAGGGAAACCAGUGCCACUGUGGCAGGCAGGGAAGAAAGGCAGUUCGCUUGGCCACAUUAGAGUGGGGCCAAGAAGGUGUACGGAGUGGACUUCCUCCCAUUUAAUGAACAACUGCAACAUCCCUUCCCAUCUGAGGAUUUGUGGGUGGUAUGAUGAAGGCUACUUCAACAGCAACGAGAAAGAGACUAUGCAAUCCCUGAAUGCUCGCCUGGCCAGUUAUCUCGAUAAAGUGAGGUGCUUGGAGCAAGAGAACGCCAAUCUGGAGUGCAAGAUCCAAGAAUUCUGUCAAAAUGAAAAGCCCGUGGUUUCCCCUGACUACAUUGCUUACUUUAGAAUGAUUGAAGAGCUCCAGAAAAAGAUCUUAUGUACAAAAGCUGAGAAUUCCAGACUGGUUACACAAAUUGACAACACUCAACUAGCCUCUGAUGACUUCAGGACCAAGUACAAAGUUGAGUUGUCCCUCCGUCAGCUGGUGGAAGCCGAUAUCAAUGGCUUACAGAGGAUCCUGGGCAAGUUGACCUUGUAUAAGGCCGACCUAGAAAUGCAAGUUGAAUCCUUGAAGGAAGAGUUCCUUUGUCUCAGAAACAACCAUACAGAGGAGGUCAAUUCACUACAAUGUCAGCUCGGUAACAGACUGAAUAUUCAAAUGGACAUUGCCCCAUCUGUGGACCUGAAUCAAGCGCUAGAAAAAAUGAGAUGCCAAUACGAAAGCCUGCUCGAAACUAACCGCAGAGAUAUUCAAGAGUGGUUUAAUGGUCAAAGAGAGGAACUGAACCAGCAAAUGGCUUCCAGCUCAGGACAGCUGCAGUGCUGUCAGUCGGAGACUAUUGAGCUGAGACGCACGGUCAACACCCUGGAGAUCGAACUGGAGGCCCAGCACAGUUUGAGAAACUCCCAGGAAAGCUUCCUGACUGAAAUUCAGGCCCGUUACAGCUCCCAACUGGCCCAAGUCCAGGCUCUGAUAGAUAACGUGGAGUUCCAGCUGGCGGAGAUCCGCUGUGACCUGGAGCGGCAGAACCAGGAAUACCAGGUGUUGUUGGACGUCAAGGCCCGGCUGGAGGGUGAGAUCACCACCUAUCGCAGCCUGCUGGAGAGCGAGGACUGCAAGCUCCCCUGCAACCCUUUUCUGGGAAAAAUUACACCUAUUUUUGAGAGACUCACCUUCCAUUACAACAUUCAUUAA